CGGACUCCUGCGCGAGCUCACGGUGUCUGAGGUAGGCGGCUCGGCGUCUUUCGCGUCCGGGCUGGCCCCGGUCGCUCUGGAAGAGCAGGCAGGACCCCCGACCCUUAUUCAGGAUGCUGUGUUCACGGCUCCUUUGUGGAUGUCUGUUGCUGAUAACUGGCUAUGCUCAUGAUGAUGACUGGAUUGACCCAACAGAUAUGCUUAACUAUGACGCCGCCUCAGGGACAAUGAGGAAAUCUCAGGUGAAAUACGGUACAUCAGAGAAAGAGGAAGUAAACCCUGACUUGUCAGAUGCCAAGGAACUGUCAGACUGUUUGCACAGACUGGAUUCUUUAACUCACAAGGUUGAUAAUUGUGAAAAGAAGAAAAUGAAAGAUUAUGAAAGUCAAAGUAAUCCUGUUUUUAGGAGAUAUCUAAAUAAGAUUUUAAUUGAAGCUGCCAAGCUUGGACUUCCUGAUGAAGACAAGGUGGAUAUGCGGUAUGAUGCUGAGGUCCUCCUUACCAGACAGACACUAUUGGAGAUACAGAAAUUCCUUGGUGGAGAGGAAUGGAAGCCAGGAGCCUUGGAUGAUGCACUAAGUGACAUUUUAAUCAAUUUUAAGCGUCAUGAUUCAGAAGCAUGGAAGUGGCAAUUUGAAGAUUAUUUUGGAGUAGAUCCAUAUAAUGUGUUUAUGGUGCUCUUGUGUCUGCUCUGCAUUGUGGUGAUGGUGGCUACUGAGCUCUGGACAUACGUUCGCUGGUACACGCAGUUGAAACGAAUUUUUAUCAUCAGUUUUUUCGUCAGUUUAGGAUGGAAUUGGAUAUAUCUAUAUAAGGUAGCCUUUGCUCAGCAUCAGGCUGACAUCGCAAAGAUGGAGCCAUUCAACAAUAUGUGUGUUGUCAAGAUGGACUGGACUGGAAGUCUCUGGGAGUGGUUUAGAAGUUCAUGGACCUAUAAGGAUGACCCAUGCCAAAAGUACUAUGAGCUCUUAUUAGUCAACCCUAUUUGGUUGGUUCCGCCAACAAAGGCUCUGGCAAUUACGUUCACUAACUUUAUAACGGAACCAUUAAAGCACAUUGGAAAAGGAACUGGUGAAUUCAUUAAAGCGCUCAUGAAGGAGAUUCCAGUGUUGCUGCAGAUUCCGGUGCUUCUGCUUAUAGCGGCUGCUGUCCUGAGCUUCUGCUAUAGUGCUGGACAGUCAAUUCCUAUGCUGAGACUCUUUGGUGGUCCUGAGCGAGAACCUCCCCGAGCCCUUGAGCCGGAUGACAGAAGACAGCAGAAGGAACUUGACUAUAGAUUCCACGGUGGAGCAGGUGACGCAGAUUUCUCUUACAGGGGCCCAGCUGGCUCCAUCGAGCAAGGCCCUUAUGACAGAAUGCAUGCACGUAAGAGAGAUGUUCUGAGACAGAGAGACGUUGACAUGAGAUUUCAGUCUGGCAACAAGAGCCCUGAAGUGCUCCGGGCAUUUGAUUUACCUGACACAGAGGCACAAGAGCAUCCAGAAGUGGUCCCCAGCCAUAAAUCAUCCAUUGUGAAUACAAACCUCGAAGAGAUUGGUGAACUCCCAGGAGAAAGUACUCCGACAGAAAACAGCCAGCCUGCCAAGGAUGUCUCUGGCCAAGUUCCCAGCACUGUUGAAAGCUCACCCAUAGUGGAGAAGGCCCAGCUGAAGACAGAUUCUGAGUGUAGCCCCCAAGGAGGCCACCCACACAGCACAGACGCUGCAGUGGCAGCCCGUGGGACUGAACUUGUCAGCAGCCCAUGUGGCUAAAGAACAAGGCGCAGACCAGCCCCAGCUCCAGUCACCUUUGAAAUGCCCAUUUGGGAUGGAAUCUACUUUGACAGCUAGCAAAGCAACUUGCUGUUCUUGAGUGAUUACAGCAAUUCAGGGAAGACUUGAUUAAAACAAGGUGAAGCUAUCAAGGCCAGUUUAUUGCAGAAAAGAGAGGCGGCUUGUCUCAAGUGACUAGUGAGACUUGCAAGUAUUUGUCAUUGAGGUUAAAGCACAUUGUAACUGGCUUUUAAGAAAAGAACAGGGUAGGUAGUUGUUGAAAGCACUUUUUAAAAUGGAAUAAAUGUUGAAUGCUUACAUUACAUGGUCUUAACCACUGUAAACACAAAAUAAACACAUAUUUUUACAUUUUG